GUGGAAUUUCUCAAGGAACUCAUCUUUCACAGCUUCCUUUGGAUCCAAGCACAAAGAAAACAAUUAUACUCUUUUCUGCUACAAAUCAGUGACAACAGUGUCCUCCCCAUCAUUCAAUCAGAAAUACAGCAUGGCAUCAACAUGGAAUGCACUCAUCCUUCUCAUCAUCCUAUCUAUCCUCCUUCAACAAACAAAACAUGCAGGAAGCAUUGGUGUUAAUUAUGGCUUAAAUGGAGACAACCUCCCAAAUCCUGCAACAGUGGUGCAACUCUUCAAUUCUCAUGGCAUCCAAAAGCUAAGACUCUUUGCACCAAACAAUCAAGUCCAACAAGCACUAGAAGGCACAAACAUAUAUGUAUCUCUUGGAGUAGCAAACGAUGAUCUAGCAAAUCUAGCAGGAAGCCAAGCAGCAGCAAAUGAAUGGGUGGGAACCAACAUCCUUCCAUUCAGCAAAACACUCUACCAGUAUGUCACAGUUGGCAAUGAAGCCAUCCCAGGACCAAACUCUCAGCAAGUUGCACCAGCCAUGAGAAACAUCAAAACUGCAUUAAACUCUGCAGGACUGAGUCAAAUCAUGGUUACAACAGUGAUAGCAGACACUGCACUCUCUUUUUCAUUCCCACCAUCUCAAGGUGCAUUUUCAGAUGAAGCCACUCCUUCAAUAACUGCAGUGCUGCAGUUUCUAAAUGAACAGGAAGAGCCAAACAGAGUUCUCAUGGUGAAUGUUUAUCCAUACUUUGCUCUUGCUGCUGAUCCUCAGCAUGUGACACUAGAGUAUGCACAGUUUACAGCACCUGGGACUGUGGUUCAUGAUCAUGGAUUGGAGUACCAGAACUUGUUUGAUGCUAUGGUGGAUGCUUUUUAUGCAGCAAUGGAGAAUGUUGGAGGGGGAAGUGUGGGGAUUGCUGUGUCUGAAACUGGAUGGCCAAAUGGAGGGCAGAGUGGAAUCACAAGCCCAGUUUUGGCUGAGACUUAUAAUCAGAAACUCAUUGAUCAUGUUAAGAAUAAUGGAACUCCAAAAAGGCCAAGUUAUGUGAUGGAUGUGUUCGUCUUUGCUAUGUUUAAUGAGAACCAGAAGACACCUGGAGUUGAGCAGUGCUUCGGCUUGUUUUAUCCUAAUGGCCAACCAGUUUACUCAAUCGCUUUUACUUAGUUUUUUGUUCUUUCUCUGUAGUGGAGAUUAAUUUUAUUAUGGAUGUCAU